CGGUGGAUUUGAAGUCAGGAAUGAUCGUGGGGACGGAGACCAUGCUCCAGGGGAACGAGUCGUCAUGGAAGCUGGAGACACAGUGUGUUGAGAAACUGCUACAUCGGUUCAAGGACGAGAAGAACCUCAUAAUCGCAGAGGUUGUGCAUGAUGAUUGUGGCGCGGUUGACGUCAUAUUGCGGCGAAUGAACAUUGACUCACAAAAGUGUAUGUGGCAUAAGGCGAAGACUUUGGUCAAACGCUUGCGAGAGGCUAUGCGCGGCACGAAGACUGUCAAACCAGCUGCAAUCGGGGCUUGCGAGCAUGUGCAUGAGGUGAAGUGUUUCACAAAGAAGGAGCUCGAACUUUGGCUCGAAUCGAAAUGUGUACACGUGGCAGGGGUGUCAACGAGAAAAAAGGAUGAACUUGUUGAGAUUGUUUGGGGCGUGCUCUUCCCCGACGAAGCAGGGAAAGCGUUGCCAGAUGAUGUCGCCGAGAUCGAUGCGUUGCAAACUCUGCAUUGCAAUGCGGUGGAGGAGGCGAAGGAGUGGUUGUACAACGUUUGCAGGCUGUGCGAGCGCACAAAGGAUGACGAUGGCGAUGUGUUGGUCACGCAUGUGCAACACCUCGCCGAUCAUUGGGCCUGGGCCGGGGAUCAUUCCUGUUGUGAUAAGGAGUUGUCCAACCUGUGCAAAGCGGUCGGGGGUCCGGACAGGGAUCCACUGUACGAGUCGGGGGGGCGUGUUCAUUUCGCCGUUGCGCACUAUCUUGAACAGUUCGCUUCGAAUACGGAGAUGGCGUACUACACACUUUUUGGCAGCCCUCGGGUCAGAGAUUGGGCACGUAACACGUUGCAGCAAUCGAACGUCGACGACCCAGCUAUUGAGCAUUAUGAUGAGGAAGCCGAUUAUGGACUCCCUGAUGCCAUUGAGAGUGCGGUGGAGGGUGUUGUGGCCGAAGGUGACAAUGUUUUCGUUGAAGCGGGAAGCGAAAGUGCUUCAAAUGACGAAAAGUCGUCUUCUGACUCCGACACUGAUGGUGCCGCUCACCGCCUCGACUUUGACGGUGCCGUUCUUUCGCAGGAGGUGUCUGUUGCGCAGGAGUGAUAUUGUCACGUACUACAUCGAUGCCCAUUGUCGUCGUCAUAAUCAUUAGAAUGUUAUGUCCUCGA